CUGGUGGCGGCAGCAGGAACACAGGGGUCCGUCCCCUCAUGUGACCGGCGGCAGUCAUAUGACCUGUUAAUGUUAGUUAUCGGCAGCUGCAGUCACAUUUUACCUGCUGCUUUGACCAGGGAAGACAGCUGACAAGAUGGCGGCGGCGCUGCUAUGGAUUCUCGUCUCUCUGCUCGGCAGUGAAGCGGCUCCGGCCGCAGACGAGGUGAAGUACCUGCCCGGUCUGCAGAAACAGCCCAGCUUCAGACAGUACUCAGGAUACCUGAGCGUGGCCAACGGCAAACACCUGCACUACUGGUUUGUGGAGUCUCAGAAGGACCCGUCCUCUGACCCCGUGGUCCUGUGGUUAAACGGCGGUCCAGGCUGCAGCUCCCUGGAUGGACUACUGACUGAACAUGGACCCUUCCUGAUCCAGGAUGAUGGCGUGACGCUGCAGUACAACCCGUACUCCUGGAACAAGAUUUCCAACAUGUUAUACCUGGAGUCUCCAGUAGGGGUGGGCUUCUCGUACUCUGAUGAUAAAAACUACGUCACCAAUGACACUGAGGUGUCCAUGAACAACUACCUGGCUCUGAAGGAGUUCUUCCGCCUGUUUCCAGAGUUCAGCAAGAAUGAACUCUUCCUCACUGGAGAGAGUUACGGAGGAAUCUACAUCCCAACGCUGGCCGAGCGAGUGAUGGAGGACGAAAGCCUCAACCUACAGGGCAUCGCCGUUGGAAAUGGGAUGGCGAGUUACGAGCUGAACGAUAACUCUCUGGUCUACUUUGCGUACUAUCACGGCCUGCUGGGGAGCAAACUGUGGAGCGAGCUGCAGAAAUACUGCUGCAAGGACGGGAAGUGCAACUUCUAUGACAACCUCAGCAAGAACUGCUCUAGCUGUCUCUCUGAGGUUCAGGACAUCGUCUACAGCUCUGGUCUCAACAUGUACAACCUCUACGCCCCCUGUCCAGGUGGAGUCCGUCAGAGAGUCAGUGUUGAAGACGGCGAGCUGGUGAUCAGAGACCUGGGGAACUCGUUCAUCAGCCAUCCUUGGACUCGCCUGUGGAGCCUGAAGUUACGAGGUCUGGCGUCGCUCCACCUGAACGUCCGUCUGGACCCCCCCUGCACUAACUCCACCCCUUCCACGCUCUACCUGAACAACGCCUACGUCAAAGCGGCGCUGCACAUCAGCCCCAAAGCUCUGGACUGGGUCAUCUGCAGCUCUGAGGUGAACCUGAACUACGGCCGUCUCUACAUGGAUGUGAAGAAACAGUACCUGAAGCUGCUCUCUGCUCUGAAAUACCGCAUCCUGGUCUACAACGGGGACGUGGACAUGGCCUGCAACUUCAUGGGGGACGAGUGGUUCGUGGAGUCUCUGCACCAGCAGGUGGAGGUCCAGAGACGUCCGUGGCUCUAUGACGAUGAGGAUGGCCGACAGGUUGGAGGCUUCGUCAAGGAGUUCGACAACCUUGCCUUCCUCACUGUGAAGGGAUCUGGUCACAUGGUUCCUACAGACAAACCAGGCGCUGCCUACACCAUGUUCUCCAGGUUCAUCAACAGACAGCCAUACUGACCUUUGACCCCUGACUUCUGUUGCUUCCCCUCUGGGCUGCCACGCUUUCAUCUUAUGGGAUUUUUUUUUAACACACUGCCAGCCAAUCAACACUCUUCUGCUUUUUCUGCCUGGUAACCAGGUCAUUUUGCAGGAAAUUAAGAGUCAACCAAUCACGUAACUCUUCAGAUCUUCCUGUUCCAACGUCGCCAUGUCAACAUGUGGUUGCCAUAGAGACGUGCACUGCCUCAGUCUUCAUCGUCCUGAAUGUGAAUCUUUAUUUUUCGUGUUUUUGUUGAUUUAAAGGGAAUAAAUGAUAUUAAAGAUCAAAGUGUUAAUAAUAAA